AUGGAACUCACGAGGUUCAUUUUGGCUCUCUUCUUCUUGCUAAUGAUGACGGUGGGAUCUUCGGGUUCUACGAACCAUUGGAGAAAAAAAAGGGUUCGUGAGCCGUGCAAGAAGUUGGUGUUCUAUUUCCACGAUAUAAUAUACAAUGGCCAUAACUCCAAGAACGCAACUUCAGCCAUUGUGGGAACACCCGCAUGGGGAAAUAAGACCAUACUAGCAGGGCAGAACCAUUUUGGCGAUGUGGUUGUGUUCGAUGACCCUAUCACCUUGGACAACAAUUUGCACUCACCACCCGUAGGACGUGCCCAAGGGUUUUACAUUUACGAUAAGAAAGAGAUUUUCACGGCUUGGCUUGGGUUCUCAUUUGUGUUCAACUCCACGCAGCAUAAGGGUAGCAUCAACUUCGCAGGUGCUGACCCUUUGAUGAAUAAAACUAGGGACGUUUCUGUGAUCGGAGGGACUGGUGAUUUCUUCAUGACUAGGGGUGUGGCCACUCUCUCUACGGAUGCUUUUGAAGGAGAAGUUUAUUUCAGGCUUCGUGCGGAUAUCAACUUGUUCGAAUGUUGGGGGCACUUUCGCGGUCCCAACUCAAUACACAGUUGGAGUGGAUUUUCAACGUCAAGACAACGCUCUCUUUCGCAAAACCAAGAAACUCUUGCUCUGUUUUCUCCUGCCUUUGCUAUGAGUUCAGAUGCGAGUAGAGAACGAGGUGCAUCAACCGUGUAUGCACUUAUUAUGUUAAGCGCAGAUGAUAAUGGCGAAGGUGGAGUUGUUGCUUUGUAUUCACAGCUUUGCAGAAGUGCGAAAUUUUGUUUGCUUCCUAAUCAUCAAGCUUCUGAUGAGGAGCUUUCUACAUAUCGCAAACCUGGUUCCUCAAAUAGAAGUACACUACCCUCGCCUUUGAAAAGAUUCAUUGAGAAGCACAAGAGUACGAAGAUGGCUUUGCUUAUUUUUGUUUUACUGGGUGCUUGCAUGGUAAUUUGUGUUGGUGCACUCAUGCCUGCCAUUUCUGUUCUUUCGUCUGUUGAAGGCCUGAAAAUUGAAGCAAAGAUUACAAAUAAAAGUAUAGUGUCUUGUAUUUCUUGUGUUCUACUGGUUGGACUCUUUGUUAUGCAACAUCGUGGCUCCUACAUGGUUGCAUUUGUGUUUCCUCCCAUAAUCAUCCUGUGGUUACUGACUAUUUUCGUGAUUGGCAUUUACAAUAUCAUCAAGUGGAACCCAAGUGUAUAUCAGGCUCUUUCUCCAUAUUAUAUAUACAAGUUCUUCAGGCUUACAGGAAAAGAUGGCUGGACUAAUCUUGGAGGAGUAUUUCUGUGUGUUACAGGAACUGAAGCUAUGUUUGCAGACCUUGGUUACUACAAACAAAAACCUCUAAGGGUUGCAUUUUGUUGUGUAAUUUACCCAUGUCUAGUUCUUCAAUACAUGGGGCAGGCUGCCUUUCUUUCCAAGAAUUUAUCUGCAGUGCCUAUAAGCUUUUAUGCUUCUAUUCCAGAUGUUCUAUUUUGGCCAGUCUUUGUGGUGUCUGCUUUGGCAGUAAUUGUUGCAAGUCAGGCUGUCAUUGCUUCAACAUUCUCUGUAGUCCAACAAUGCCAUGCGUUUGAAUGUUUCCCUCGGGUUAAGGCGGUACAUUCCAGAAGGUGGAUUCCUGGUCAGACAUAUAUACCGGAGAUAAACUGGAUUCUUAUGAUGAUCAGCUUGGCUGUGACAGUGGGUUUAGGAGACAAGAACCGUAUAGGAUAUGCUUAUGGGAUUGCAUAUCUGAUUGUGGUGUUUGUAACGACAUGUUUGACAUCACUAGUCAUCAACCUUGUAUGGCAUCGAAGUCCUAUAAUUGCUCUGGCAUUUGCUUUAUUCUUUGGUUCGAUAGAGAUUCUGUUCCUGUCAUCCUAUUGCACGAAAAUCCUAAAAGGUGGCUGGAUUCCGCUCUUGCUUUCGGGAGUCUUCAUGGUUGUUAUGUAUGUAUGGCAUUAUGGUUCUAGGAAAAAGUAUUUAUUUGACAUGCAUAACAAAGUUUCAAUGAGGUCGAUCCUUGAAUUAGGUCCUAGUCUUGGGAUUGUUAGAGUUCCUGGAAUGGGCCUUAUCUACACUGAAUUGGCUACUGGAGUCCCUGCCAGUUUUACUCAUUUCUUGACAAAUCUGCCAGCUUUUUACCAAGUGGUCGUUUUUGUUUGUGUUAAGACUGUACCUGUGCCUUGUGUGCCACAUGAAGAACGUUACCUCAUUGGCCGAAUUGGUCCCAAAACUUACCGAUUGUAUCGAUGCAUUGUUCGAAAUGGCUAUAAAGAUGUGUAUACUCAUGAAAAUGAUUUUGAAAAUGACCUUGUGAUGAGCAUAGCAGAAUUCAUUCAAUUGGAAGCAGAAGGUUGCUCUGGAAAUGCAGAGGGUUCAGUGGAUGGACGGAUGGCAGUUGUUAGGACAUCAGGGAAGUUUGGGACACGAUUGCUCGUGUCAGAAUCUUCUGGUUUUGAGCAAGGCAACAAUAUUAAUCUUUCUGGAGCUUUGACUGUUACUAGCAGUAAAUCUCCUACAUUAAAGAGGCUGCAGGCCAUGUAUGAGCAGGAAUCGCCUGAACUCAACACUAGACGACGGAUUCUAUUCGAGUUGCAAAAUGUAAUAUACAAAGACCCACGUGUCAAGGAAGAACUCAUGGAACUUGUAGAAGCCCAGCGCACUGGAGCGGCGUAUGUAAUAGGUCAUUCUCACGUAAAGGCCAAGUGGAACUCAUCAUUUAUAAAGAAGUUUGCUAUCAACCUCUAUUCUUUUCUGCGGAAAAAUUGCCGGUCCCCUGCAGUUGGUCUAAACAUUCCUCAGAUUUCUCUAAUUAAGGUAGGAAUGAAUUAUCAUGUGUAG